AAAAAUAUGCUUGCAAAACAUAAUUUUAAUCAAAAUUUUGAAAUAAAUAUUCUACCUAUAAUGACGUCACUUGCAGACCCAACAAAAACUAGAUCAGACUCAAAAAAUGCACCCGUAAAACUUAAUGUCACUUUUUUUUUUUUUAAAUCAAAAUUUCUAAUUUAUUUUUCCAACAAAAAAUUCAAUGAUGAUGGGCGAUAACGUCAACUAUUGCAGCCCUCCUUCUACUUCAAAAAUUUCCUUGCUUUCAAAGACAUUUUACUGGAUUUUCCAGGUAUUAUUUUUCUUGUUUAAAACCAUUUGGAAUCCUAUAACGUGGUUUUUGUUGAAAACCAUCUUCCAUGUGACUAGUGAGAUUUUUAUUUAUUUGGUUUUGGGUGCCUGCUCCAUUUUGAUUGGUACCAUUACGCAAAUUGAUGUUUAUUAUAGCAAAAAUUUAUCAUUGAAGAAAAAUAAUGAAAUUCCAAGAAGAGACGGUUUACGUAUUGAAAAUUGUACAAUUAAAAGAUUUGUAGAGAUUUCGCAAUAAAUAAUUCAUAGAUGGCGCCACAUGAUGUGGAAUAUUGCAUAUUUAUAUACUUUUUAUUUAAUUUAAAUACAUAGAAAAUUUUAACUCGAAUGUUGGCUGGGUGUCAGCCCUCCUGCCCCAGUACUAUGCUCAGGGCUGUGCUUCUGCUUUUUCCUCUUUUUCUCCUUUUUUCGCUUCUUUCUUUCCUUGUCAUCCUCAUGCCUUUUUUGUUUCUUGUGCUUCUUUUCGUGGGUGUCUCCACCUGCUUCAGCAAUAGCUGCUUCUGUUGAAGGCAAACCUCCACCUGCUUCUUUAUGCUUAUGCUUUUUGUGCUUAUUUUUAUGCUUUUUAAUAGGAGUUGCAUUG